AUGGUGCGCGACGCGGUCGGGAAGCGGUGGAAAAGAAGAAGAACGACGGGGACGGGGACGGGGACGGGGACGGGGACGGGGACGGGGACGGGCGGCGGCGGGGACGGGGACGGGGACGCCGCCGCGACCGCCGCGGCAAACGCCGAAACCAAAAGAGAACCGAGCGCGUUCGCGCGCGACGCCAAGGCGCUGACGGAUGCGUACGGCCUCGCCUACAUGGCCGCGAAGAACGUCAUCGGGCCCGUGAGCAUCGUGCUCUUCUACUACGUCAUCAAGCGCGGCGUCAACCUCAGCGCGUGGCUCGGCCCGGAGCUGACGAAGGGCGCGGUGGGCGCCAACGCCGGACUGAUGGCGCUCGCGAGCUGGUGCAGCGUAGUUUUGUUUCCGGGGGUGGUGUACUACGCGACGGUGUUCGGGCCAAAGUUGAGGGCGUGGGCGCGGGUGCUGAGCGCGCGGGUGCGCGUCACCGCGCGGGGGGGCGACGGCGGGUUGAUGGCGUAG